AACCAGUACGUGCUUUUGUGUCUCUGUCUACGCCUUUCUCUUUAGCUUUAGGGGGUUCCACGAUGCUUCGUUUCGUUUUGCUCGCUCUCCUCUUCGCUGCGGCGACGGCGCAGCAGGUGGCUCCGUGCAGGUGCGGCGCCUUCGUCACCACCGACGGUGGCGAGCUCAUGCUGUAUGAGCUUCCCCCUGUGGAAGUGCACAGCUGCGACCAGAGCCAUCCUUGCCAGUCCCGCUGCGUCCAGGAGUUCGAAAUGCUGUCUGGAGGCGGCGACUUGGACUUCGUCACUUCCACCAACGCGACUGUUGGCCAGGUGCUGUGCGAGGCGGCGGGGGUGGCCGUCGCUAACGAAAACGUGUACGCCUACUAUGAGCUCUGCGACGGCCCCUGGGAGCUUACUGGAGUCUCGACGCAGCAGCCCCUCUGCUGCACCGACGCCGCCGAGUACGUCCCCUGCUAAACGUGGACAACAGCA